CGCAAAAACGCGCAAGCGCGCGCGCGUGCUCCAAAGCGCGCUUAUAUUCAAACCCUUCGAACGCGCGCUUAUAUUCAAACCAUUCCAGCACUUCCAGCAGCCGUUCGAAGAGCGCGGCUCCUCGUCUCUGUGCCCCUCCGUCAGCGCUGGCGGACGCGCGCAGGAACGGGCGUUAAUUCAAAUCUUGCGAUCGCGCCCUUCCAGUGCGCGGCAAACGGACACGCCUCUGUACACACACACAUGCGCGGCCGUGCAUACACCCACCCACCCACACACACACACACACACAGAGAGAGAGAGAGAGAGAGAGAGAGAGAGAGAGAGAGAGAGAGAGAGAGAGAGAGAGAGAGAGAGAAUCCGUCUGUUCGCAGAGGAGCGUCGGAUGGACAAAUGCCAGAUGUACCCAAGAGGGAAAAGAUGGAAAACAAAUGGAGCGUUGUCGAUGAAAAUGAAGACCCCUUGUAUCCCCUUCGAUGCGGUGUUCUGGACAACGGAGAUUCAUUUGAAGAGAUAACCAACAAUCCUGUGCUGGCGCCUUUGCUUUUGAGUGAAUGCAUUGUCAUCAGUGUCAACGAUUGGCAGUCGUCAGAGUUCCAUACGAGCAUGGAGUGGGAGCAGAACCGUGCAGCGAAAGCGCAAACGCCCUUAAUGUCAGGCAAUUCAGCUUUGCUUCAAACAGCACUGACCAUGUCAGCAGACAACAGAGGGCAUCGUGGGGAGAAGCUGGAACAUGUGGUGUACGUAGUCAACAAAAUUAUUCUUCGGCUCGAUAUCCUCCGACGUCCAUCGCCAAGCUUCUUGAGACUGGCAGGGACCAUCCCUCCUCAGGACCUCGUCGUGUGUUUUGGGACACACUAUCGGUGUGAAGUGCACAUGGGUGGUGAGAUGGUGUGCAAGCAUACGGAGGAGGAAUCGCAAGGAUGCAAGACGGGCACUGUGGCGAUCGGGUGGCCGAGUGGACCUAAGGGUCAGCAGGCUGGAAUAUCUGGCAUGGUCAAUGACAUGGACCAAGGGACACGAAGGGCGGAGAUAGUGCAUACACGAGGAGGUACAUGGUGUGGAAGCAUUAGAGAAUGGGUGCAGACGGUUCAUCAUCAACGGGUGGUCGUGAAGCAGAGGCUGAGGCCACUGUGGGAACUCUUGCAUCAAGGAGUUGCGCAGGAACAACUGCGCAGGUAUAUACAGGACAUGCAGAUGAGUCGAAAGCCAAGGAUAUGGAAGGAAGUGAUAACCCACCAUGAUGAGCAGGAGCAGAGGUCCACAGCCCCUUCAAGACAAGAAGCAGCACACCCUCAAUUCAUGUCGCACGUCCUGAAAGGGGACAACUUGAACUGUCUCAUUGAGAAAGUGCGUGUGUACCAUUCACAGACCCCUGGACCAAAACCGGGCCGGAACGCAGCCUAUGAAAUCCAUGAUGUCAAUCUCUGUUCUGGCAUGGAGGCGUAUGCCGACUUCUUGCGUACUGUGUUGUCCAAUUGCGAUGACGACACUGUGCUCUCUAGAGAAUCAAGCAUCCAGAGCAGUUUCCAAAGCGGUGGGCAGCUGCAUGGUGUGGUCACAAGGGUAGGAGGGCACGAGGAAGACCGCGGAGGAGGGGAUGCAUGCCCCAAGGCCUUGAAUGUGUGGACAUUUGGGGUUUUCAACAAGUCCUUGGGCAGGCCUAGGCCGCGGCUCGAUUGUACGGAAUACACGCUUGAAAAAUGUGACCACAUUGUCAGGUUUGAUUUGUUCACGACAACGACCAACAGAAAGGAGAACCUGGUUGGAGUGAAAUUUUCCACUAAGUGGGGAAUGCAGGUUUUGGUUGGGUCCUCGACGGGGUAUCAUCGUUGGUACCAGGCACCCUCAGGUUAUGCUAUUGUAAGGGUGGAGAUUGACUGGGUACGGCAGAGGAAGUCAAUCAGUGGCAAUAGCAAGCCUAUUCUCUAUGUUCUGAAGAUAAAUGUAUUUGUCUCUGACCAAUACGGUGAUGAUCAGAAGUUUGGUCGAGGCCGGGAAAUUUUCGAUUUUGACGAAGGUGGGAGCUUAUCAGGACAGGUGACGGUAAUGAAGAGUGCUCCGUUUGAUCAACUAAAGCAGGCAGCUGCACGAAUCUGGCUGCUUCAGUUGAUCAAUGGUGUUCUCAUGCAGAACAAAGACGUUUCGACAGCGAAAAUGGUCCUUUUGAAAGGAGGUGGAGGAUCUGGAAAGACAGCAAUGCUGGCGCAGUUGGUGUUGCAAAGUAAGGCAAAGCUUCCGGGAGUGCCAUCAGAUUACCUGCGCAUUGUUGGCUAUCACUUUUGCUCUGCGAAUGACCGGACAACACUUCGUUCUGGCUCCAUGGUCUUCAACCUGAUGAGAAUUUUGAGGAAGAACCUCCCCUUAUAUGUGUGGGAUGAGACGAUGUGGACAUGGACUCUACAAAAGUGCCAAGACCAACCCCACCAGGCUUUCAAGGACACGGUGAUCAGGAUGCUGAAUCGCACAGGGCCAACACGAGAACCAUUGGUCAUCGUGAUUGACUCAAUAGAUGAGGCAAGUCUCGUUGGUGGGGAGAAGUCCAUAUGGGAGGUGCUGGUGCAAGGAUUCAAAGAUCUUCCACCAUGGUGUUGUGUGCUAGGGGCAUUCCGGUCUAGUAUGGAGAGAGAAAUAGAACACCGGUUGCGGAAUCUCGUGCAGCCGUGCGUCGUCUGCAUCGAUGUUUGCAGAGAGGAGAAUGUGCGUGAUGUAGAGGAAUAUGUCACCAUGCGGGCGUCUGAAUUUUGUGCGAGAAACCCCACUGUGAGGUAAGUAAAACAAACAUUGUCAAGUUGU